AUGACUUAUACUCAUAUCGUCUCGUUUAAAUUCAAGGAUGGCGUUACGCCUGACUCAGUCAAGGAACUUGUUGAUAAGAUGCUUAUCUUGAAAGAAACAUGCGUCCAUCCAAAAACAGGAAAACCAUAUAUCCAAUCCUGCACCGGGGGGCAUGACAACUCUGUGCAGGGGCUUCAGAAAGGGUUUACACAUGUUUUUGUGGUCGCUUUUGACACCAAAGAGGACCGUGAUUAUUACGCGUUGGAGGACCCCGUGCACCUCGAGUUUGUAAAGUGGAGUGACUCGGUUGCUGCAGAUGUCUACGCUAUUGAUUUUGUGGGCGGCAAUUGCACAGGCCCUACAUUUGAGCUCGACGCUGAGGACGACAGGGAAAACGCACAGGCUGAAUGGCUCAAUUUGAACUCUUUCAUCGCUCGAUUGUUCAAUCUCAAGGGCAAGCGGUUUGGUAACUUUGCGAUAUGGGAGUUGCGGAACGGCCUUGAGGAAGACGCAAGCGAUGCCGGCAGUGCAGCCGCCGCUGAUGCGAGAGUCCGUAUUGCUUCUAAGUGGAUCAAACGCAGCGGCGUGCGACUGUGGAAUGAAUCUAUAAUGGGUACGUUCUCAAUUGAGCCAGAGGACAGGAGCCCAUACAGAGGAGGUUCACUGUUUCUUGGCUUCAAUUUUGAGCGUUGGGGCUUCUGCAAGCGUCGACUUGUGGAGCUACGCAGCAGAUAA